ACCGUCACACCUCCUCCUGCAACCAUCACUCUUCCCGGAUCGACUGUAGUUUCGACCGUUGCAGGCGAGCUGACGACAAUCACCUUACCCGGAACCACAUUGACUCUAGUUAGCACCCAAGUGAACACAAUCACUCUACCUCCCUCUGUGACGACUCUGCCUGGUUCAACAAUUGUAACCACUGUCGUCGAGACUGCGCCUGCGUCAACUUUGACCAUCACUCAAGGCGGUUCUAUAAUAACCAGCAUCGUCCCAGGGCCGACAUCAACCGUCGUCUCGACCUUGUCGUUGCCUCCCGUCACCGUUACCUCGCCACCGGUCACAGAGAUCACGGCUUGUCCUGCCCCAUCAAACACCCCCGGACUGAACCCUACGGUCGAGUACAAUCCCAAGUCAAAUCUGACGUGGGGCUGUCAACCUGGAUAUGUCUGUAACCCUCCCAAGCCCGCUGGUUGCAACCUAUGGGCAGACCCACCGGCAGAUAAUUAUGUCUGCGCCCCGCAGAACUGUAUUCCAGCACCGCCUGUCACUCUGGCAAAUUGGAAGGAGAACGAGACAGGUUACUACCCAGCGAACGAGGGAUACUUCAACCUAAAUCCGAAUGCCUUUGGUCUUCCCUUUAGCAUCUUUGAGUACGAAAUCAUCGUUUCCAAGGUGAAGGGUAAAAAGGGACACAAGAAAACGACAAUCACGACUGGCAACUGGGCUUCAGCCACAGAGCUCACUCAUUUUCCUCCGACUGCUCAACCCACAAUCACGUCGUCCCCUGCUCCUACAUCCUCCGCUGAGAUUGGUAAACAUGCCUACAAGCAUAAACAGGAGGGCAAGACCUACGAGCGUCGUGCUUUGUUCAGCAAACGGGAUGUUACGAUCGCUCCUGCCAUCUGUUUCGACAAUUGUAACAAUGUUUACAUCGAGGUCCAGACCGUCGGCAAGAACCCUCAGAUUUGCGAACUGAACUCUGCCUUCAAUGCGACUCUCGAUGCUUGCAGGCAGUGCGUGAAUGAAAACGACCCCUCCGAGAAUAAGGACACCCUGCGUGUCUACAUCGAACCGCAGUUCCAGCAGUGGCUAGUUUACUGCACCGGCGAGGCGCCGCAGACUUCGUCCACUGCAACUGUGCUGCCACCCCAGAGUCAAGCAAGCGGCACUGCUACGCUCACGACAGCAAGCCAAGGGGCCGGUUCCAGUGACACUUCGGCCGUCCCUAUUCCAGGGUCAACCACAACCACCACUGCUCAGGUGUCCACCACUCCUACAUCCACUCCGACUCCCACGCCGUCACCUAGCACGAGCGCGGUAGCGUCUUCUACACUCUCGACUGCCAGCACGGUAGGAAGCUCGCAGUCGGCAUCCAGCUCCAGCCCUUCGGUCUCUCCCACGCCAUCUGACACGACUUCCGCAACGACAAUUAGCUCGGGAACCACCGCAGUGACUUCUAGCCCUUCAGCAGCGACAUCUGAUGCCAGUUCGGCUGGUUCAACUUCUGCUGGAACUUCCACGUCGACCGGAAGCCAAGCCUCGGGUUCUCCAAGUGCGUCUAGUGCUCCGAGUACCUCAGGUACUUCAGUUGCUUCAAGUUCUGCGAGCGCUUCGGCAAGCGAAUCAUCGUCCUCCACGGCAAUUUCACCGUCAGCACCAUCCGGGACAGCAACAAGCGGUGCUGGCUCGAGUCCAUCCGCCUUAAGCCCUUCUGAGUCCGGGUCUGCCACUUCAAGCACUACGGCCGGAUCUGCAUCCACAGCCACUGGCGGAGCUGGAGUCUCAACGUCUGAAACCUCGGCACCAUCCUCGACUGCGUCUUCUCCCAGCACCACUACCACAGGCCCCGUCACAGCCGCAGCAGCGAAGCCCGCCACUUCAAACAUCCUCGCCGUACUGGCGCCGCUCAUGGUUCUUCUACUCCUCUAA